AUGGGCACUACUCAAAAUUUAUUGCCUGCCAUUUGUGCAGCGAAACAGAAAACAAUAGUGUUAGACAUGGACAACACUCUUCUAUACAUGACUCGCCAGCAUCUGGCAUCAUGUGAUUUCUCUGUUAUAGUUAAAUAUGGAUCAAAAGACAUAACUUGUUGUUGGCGAAAAAGACCCCAUGUAGAGAGCCUACUUGAGGAAUUGAGAAAACAUAAUUAUGAAAUUAUAGUUUUCACAUCAGCUAUAAAAGAGUAUGCAGACGCUGCUUUAGAUAAACUGGAUGUUAACAAAGCCAUAGAUUAUCGUCUGUACAGAGAUUCGGGUACUCAAGUGAAAGAAGGCUAUAUUAAAGAUCUCUCUAAGCUUGGGAGGGAUUUAAAGAAUGUUUUUAUAGUGGAUGAUAAUCCUGUUAGUUAUAAAUUGCAGCCAGAAAAUGCAUUUCCAAUAAAAUCAUUUGUGGAUGAUCGUAAUGAUACGGAGCUUUUGAAGGUUAUUGAUUUCUGUAAAUUGGCUGCAGAAGCUGAUGAUGUGAGAGAAGCAUUAAGAAUGCAGUCGAAUACUGAUACGAAUGCCGAGACUUCUGGGAAUAUGAAGUUAGAGCCUGAAGCAAAACGAAAACGACUAUGA